AAUCAACCGAACUAAAAUGUAAUUUUUAAAUAGUUUGGUUUAAUUUUACAAUUUGAAGUAAAUUAUACACACCCUUAAAAUCAAAUAUAAAGCCAGAAGAGGAAGCACAUUACAGAUAAAUAUAGCAAUACAAGAUGAGGCAGUGAGAUAGCAUAAGUUUAAGUGACACAUCUAUAAAAUCAAAUAUAUUAUGGUACGAGCUGAAAUAUAAUCAAGAGCGAGGAAGAACUCUCUGGUGCAAUUCUUAUUUUCCGGGGCCAAAAGAUUCAGUUUCAAUUUCAUUUUUUUAGUUAUUUUAAUUAAUGAUAUAUUCUUAUCAUUUAUUCAUUUUCAUCCACCCAAAAUUAAUCAAAUGUUUAUUUGAGCUUGGGAUUUUUGUACUAACACAUAAAAUUAUUUUGAAAUUAAAAAACACCUGUUAGUUUUGAAUAAACGAAUCUAAACUCUAUUAUGUUAAAACUGAUCAAAAAACAAAAUUUGUCAAAAAUUUCUUCUGAGGGUGAUUAUCAGUUGAUUGUUAUUGACUAUUGUUAUACACAGACCUUUGACUUCAGAAUAAUGAACAAGGAGAUGAGUGCUGCCUCGACACAAGAGGAUUCGGUCAAAGAGUCGUCAAAUGACACUGAUGAAAGCUCGGAGUCCGAGUCUGAUCCUGGUUUAAGGGGAGGUAUAACUGAGAAUGUAGUUCCGCCUCCACCUUGGUCUCUGCCUCAGCUUCGGCCUCGUCCUCGGUCUCGGUCUCUGCCUCCGCGUCCGCGUCCGCGUCCGCGUUCGCCUCCUCCUUGUUGUCAACGUCCGCGUUCGCCUCCUCCUUGUUGUCAACGUCCGCCUCCGCCUCCUCCUUGUUGUCAACGUCCGCCUCCGCCUCCUCCUUGUUGUCAACGUCCGCCUCCGCCUCCUCCUUGUUGUCAACGUCCGCCUCCGCCUCCUCCUUGUUGUCAACGUCCGCCUCUGCCUCCCCCUUGUUGUCAACGUCCGCCUCCGCCUCCUCCUUGUUGUCAACGCUCGGGUAAAACUGAUGUUUAUAACAGAGGAGGUAUCACUAAGAAUGUAGUUCAGCCUUCGCCUUGUUGUAAGGCACCAAGGGAUGCUGGAUACCCUCCUCUGUCUCAGUAUCCCAAGCGCAGAGAAGAAGUGUACACUCGAACUCGUGAUAAUAACAGAAGAGAUAUCACUGAGAAUGUCGUUCCGCCUCCUCCUCCUUACUGGGCCUACGAUGAGGGAGAGCCGAGUAGACCUCGAGAAAAUGACACAAUGACUGCCACCUUUAAGCCGGAAGAUUUGGUCAAAAAGUUGCGAAAUGACUUUCCUAAAAGCCCGUUGCUCGAGUUUGUUCCUGGUCAGUGUUGUAUUUACAAGGUGCCUCUAACGAUUCGUAGGGUAAAUGAAGAACUCUACACUCCUAAGUUAAUUUCAAUAGGUCCUCUUCACCAUGGCAAAUUAGAAUUAGUUGACAUGGAAAAUAAGAAGAAAGAGUAUAUGGAAAGGUUUUUUAGACAAACAACAACAGAGAAAAUAUGCAGGAUUAUAAGUUUUAUCAAAGACAAGGAAAACCAGAUUCGUUCUUGUUACACAGAAACAUCUCCGCUUAAGAGUCUUGAGUUUGUAACGAUGAUUCUGUGUGAUUCUAUCUUCAUCAUAGAGAUCUUCUUAAGCAAGAAAUUUCGAAAUAGAUGGGAUACAUUACUAGAUAUAGAGCCAGUACACAGUACUUUAUGGACUGAUUUACAGUUAUUUGAAAAUCAACUUCCAUAUUUUAUUCUUGAGGAAACAUACAAGUUGGCUUUUGAUAGCAUCCGUGAACCUUCCUUCAUGAACCUUUCUGAUAAUUUCUUUGGUUGUUUUAUGGGUGUAAGAUUAAGUCGUUUACCCCCCCAUUUGAGAGUUAAACAUUUCACAGAUUGGAGAAGAAUUAGUCUACUCGAAAACUACCCGAGAUCAGUGUCAGCCAAAGGAUGGAUUGAUGAUUUACCAUGUGCAGUGAAGCUACAUGAGUCAGGAUUGAAGUUUAAGUCUAUUACAGUUGAAGAGAAUCAGAGCGUACUUGAUAUAAGAUAUGAAAAGUCAAAGCAUCUGAUCUCAUUUUUUGAAGUCAAUGAAUUGCAGAUACCACGACUAGAAGUAAAUGACAUGACUGAAUGUCUUCUCAGAAACAUUAUGGCUUUGGAGCAAUGUCUUUACCCAGAGGAUGCCCAGGUUUGCAAUUACGUUGAAUUGAUGGACUGCCUUAUCAAUACUGUAGAGGACGUGGAUUUGCUCAUUGAAAAUGAAAUUAUUUCAAAUAAUAUGGGGGACAAAGCUUCAGUGGCAACUACCUUUAACAAACUCAAUCAAUAUGUACUUGCACGCCCAUCCUCUUACCAUAACAUAUGCGAGCAGCUCAAAAUACACUACAAAAAUCCUUGGAACAGAGCCAGGGCAACUUUGAAAAGAGUAUAUUUCAACAAUCCAUGGAGAGGCACUGCAACUAUCGCAGCAAUAAUACUCUUGCUUCUUACUAUUGCACAAACUGUAUCUUCUAUCUUGCAAGUUGUGUAAUUUUAAGUGAUACUUGUAUUAGAUCCAAAAUCCACUUGUAUUACUGUAAUGUUCAGUUUCAAGCUCCUUGUUUUUAAUAAGAAUAUGUGUUUGUAUA